AGAUUCCGCGCGAACACCCGAUUUUUAUUCCUGGGACCAUACGACUCGCCGUCGAUACGCGAAGCUCGCUUCGGAAGCGCGCGACGAGCGAUGUUCAAGUGGUAAACAAACGAGCCCGUCGCAACGCACCGUGAAAAUGCAGCGUUCCACGGGCACACGCGGCUCCGUAAUUCCUAAACGCGAAUUUCUCGGUCGCCCCCGUCUCGACGCGCGUCACGCCGGACACCGGAUGACGAUCGAACAAACAGCUGUCGUCGCCGGCGGUAGGCCGCCGCGGCAUCACCGGAAGCGCUCUUCGGUUAGUUUGCCGCCAAACUAUCCCGUGCGUGCUGCGAUGAAGCUGUUUAUCCCGCGACACGCAGUUCCCCGGUUGCAGAGUGAAUAGUCGCGCGGGACGGUCAGAAGUAGCGCAGUUGCGAGCGGAAUCGUCUCUUCCGUCGAGAUAAGACGUGUCAGCGAUCGUUGAGGAAGGAUCCCAGCCACCUCGGACGUUUCUCUACCAUGGCAAAGGUUCAGCUCGCGAACGUUGCGGUCCUUGACAAUCCGUCGCCGUUUCUGAAUCCGUUCCAGUUCGAGGUCACAUUCGAGUGCAUCGAGGAGCUCAAGGAAGAUCUGGAAUGGAAGAUGAUAUAUGUGGGCAGCGCAGAGUCAGAAGAGUUCGAUCAAGUCUUAGAUACCAUUUAUGUUGGACCGAUUCCAGAAGGAAGACACAUGUUUGUAUUUCAGGCUGAUCCACCAGAUGUAAGUAGGAUUCCAGUAAAUGAUGCUUUGGGUGUAACUGUCGUAUUGCUGACCUGCUCCUACAGAGGCCACGAAUUCGUUCGCGUCGGUUAUUUCAUCAAUAACGAAUAUACGGACGCGGAACUCAGGGAAAAUCCACCCCCACAGCCACAAUUCGAUAAGGUUCAGAGGAAUAUAUUGGGCGAUAAACCGCGCGUUACUAGAUUUAAGAUCAAUUGGGACGAUUGUGCCACUACGACGGCCAGCACUGUCCCCGAGGGCAUGGACGCGCAAGCUCUGGAAGAAACCUCACAGGAUGCGCCCACAUCUACAUUAGGCUUUACAGAAAACACACAAAAUGGCAUGGAAGUGAUGUGAAAGACGAUUUGUUGCUAAUAAAAAUAAGUUCUGUGGGACAGGAUAUACAGUAAAUUGAGGGCUCUUGGCUCCUUGCUAUAACCAUAUUGGAUUAUGAUGUCACAUGCGAGAUGUCGUGCAAACUUCUCUCUUGCAUUCUCCACAAGUUGAAAUAAAUCUGUUGUUUUAUUAUGUCACAGCACACAGUUGCGUUCAAUAGCGAUUGAUAUAAUGCUUAGGAAAUUUAUUUUGGUUGUUUAUUAAGGCUAGUCUCUCGAUGCGGAAUGCUUGAUUCAUAUCGUCAAAAGCAAGAAAACGUAUGAUUGAAAGUUUUGCGUGCUAUUUUUAAAUAAAAACAUUUAUGUGAGAGAAUACUUUAGAUUAUAUGAAUACACUUGUAAAAUACUCUAAAAACAAUCCUCUUUGCUUGACAAUAAAUGAACAGCCGUAAAAUUAACAUCAUUAAUCUGCAACUUUCCUCUUUAACCUAUACUUUCUCAUAAUUUUGUCACAUUAAUUUUACGGCUAUUUAUUGACUGUUAAUAUAUGCUCAAGCAAUCUGAAGUGUUCUUUCAGUCAAAUCUUUUUAUUUGAAAAUACAUGCAAGAAUUUUAACGUACCAUUUCUCACCUAUCGCAGUUACGUUUUAAAAUCGUAGUACUAUCUGUAUCUGUGAAUCGAUUAUUAAUAUAUUUCCUUCGCGUGAACUCAUGAAAUAUUCAUUGACAAAUGCAAUAAAACUUUUCAUUUUUCACUAGUUUACGUGAAGGAAAUAGAUACAUGAUCGAUUCACAGACUAAUGCUAUAACUUUAAAACGUAACUGCAACUGCAUUUAAACGACCUCUAAGGCUCAUGAGUACUCACCGUAGCCAUUUUGAUUGAUGACAUCAGAAGUGAAAAAAUGCAUGUUCAAAAAUCUUACAAAGUCAUAAUAAUAAUAAUAAUAAAGAUAUAUCCAAAAAGACUCUUGCAAUGGAAUUAAGCACACCUCUGAAAUACUCCGAAUAUUUUCUUUUUGUUCUAACAAUCAAUAAAUAAUCGUCAAAUUAACGUGGGAAAAGAUAGAUAAAAAAAGAAAGUUGUAUGUCAUUAAUCGAUUAUAAAUGUUAUAUUUUGGAUGUAUCUUUUUAUUUCGACAUACAUUGUAGGAAUUUUAGAUACGCAUUUCUUCGCUUCUGACGGCAUCAAUCAAGAGUUCCGCGGUGAAUAAUCACAAUAACCUUAAUAGGAAUGUAAUAAGCGUAUAUAUUGGAUUACAUGUAUUAUAAAUACGUAUGCUAGAACUGGUUAAGAAACUUAUGAAACUUACAACAUUUUUGCAUAUCAACCGAGAAUAUUUUUUAUUCAUAUGCGUACUGACGCAACAAUGCAUAUUAACGUAUACGAAUACUAUACAAUCAGAAAUAUCAGUCGAUCAAUGUUUCAGAUGCGAAUGGAAAUGCAUUCUUGUUUCUCAUUAUCGAAAAUCUUGCCACACACACAUGGCUCACUGUAGUUUAUUAUUUACUGUCAGUAUCGAUAAUAUAAUUUUAUCGUUCUACACGAAACGACAAAUAAGGAUUUUUUUUUGUUUCGACUUUACGCGCUUUACUUAUCCAGACCUUGUAACAAUCAAUCAAAAUGUACAACAAUUUAUGAAUGCACGAAUGAGUAAAGAGAGUUGUUGUGACACGUCUUA